CUGUUCUGUCAUCUCUUUCAAUUACAGUGUUCCCUCCAUCAAUCUGACCAGCUGCAAGUACGAGAGCGUGCGGCGGGCAGCACAGUGCUGUGGGCUGAAAGAAGCAGGAGAAAACGAGGAGUGGACCGUGUAUUGGACAGACUACUCAGUCUCUCUCGAGCGUGUCAUGGAAAUGAAGCGGUUUCAGAAAAUCAACCAUUUUCCAGGCAUGAUAGAGAUCUGCCGUAAGGACUUGCUGGCUCGCAACCUUAACCGCAUGUUCAGGCUCUUCCCCAAGGAGUACAAUAUAUUUCCUCGCACUUGGUGCCUGCCGGCUGACUAUGGAGAUUUCCAGGCCUACAGGCGUGCAAGGAAAAACAGAACGUUCAUCUGCAAGCCAGAGAGCGGCUGCCAAGGGAAAGGUAUCUUUAUAACACGUAAUCCAGAGGAGAUCAAACAUGGAGAGCAUAUGAUCUGUCAGCAGUAUAUCUCUAAGCCUUUCCUUAUUGAUGGCUUUAAAUUUGACAUGCGUAUCUACGUGCUGGUCACAUCUUGUGACCCGCUGAGGAUUUUUGUCUACAAGGAGGGUCUGGCCCGGUUUGCCACCAUGAGGUACAUCGAUCCCAGCAGCAGCAACCUGGAUGAUAUCUGCAUGCAUUUGACCAAUUAUGCUAUCAACAAACGUAAUGAAAACUUCGUUCAGGAUGACACGAUGGGCAGUAAGAGGAAACUGUCCACCCUGAAUGCCUGGAUGGCAGAUAACAGCUACAACACAACAAAACUCUGGGAAGAUAUUGAAGAUAUUAUUAUAAAGACUCUUAUUUCAGCUCACCCUGUUGUGAAGCACAAUUACCAAAGCUGCUUUCCAAACCACACUACUGUCUGUGCGUGCUUUGAGAUACUGGGUUUUGAUAUUUUGCUAGACAGAAAGUUGAAGCCGUGGCUGCUAGAGGUGAACCACUCUCCCAGCUUCACUACGGACUCUCGCCUAGACCGUGAGGUGAAGGAUGCUCUUCUCUGUGAUACCAUCAACCUGAUAAAUGUGCAUGCCUGUAACAAAAGGAAGGUGCUGGAGGAAGACAAACAGCGGGCAAAGGAACGGCUGCUCCAGGCCCAUCAGACUCUCCGUGCAUCCAGACACGAGGAGUUAGAGACCAGCCAGGCUGCCUGGCUGUCUCAGGCAGAGAAGUACGAGAACUCGCACCUGGGCGGCUACCGGCGCAUUUAUCCAGCAUGUGGAACAGACAAGUAUGAGCCAUUUUUCAAGCAGAGUGGCUCCCUCUUCCAGGAAACAGUAUCAUCCAAAGCACGAGAAGAGUGUGCAAGGCAGCAGCUGGAGGAAAUUCGCCUGAAAAAGGAAAAGUUGGAAGCUCUUACCAGGAAGAAGAAAAUGGAGAGGAAAGAAGACCUGCAUGGAGAGUCAGCUGGGGACAAAUCCCAGAUCCAUAAUAAAACCACAGCCCCUACAACCCACCUCACGUAUAAAAGCACGAGGAUGUGGGAUAGAAAGGUACAGCACAGGCAGUAUGACUCUGUGCAACCCCAGGAUAUUGUGGAAGAUGAGGAGAAGAAAAGAGUAAAUGCUCUUCUGCAGCGUGAGAACCUUAUCCGAGGCCUGGGCAUCAUAGAUCAGCUCUCCCAGCUGCUCCCCACAACCAAUAGGCCAGCCAACACCCAAAAAUCCUGCACCGUUACCUCCAAGAGCCAGCCACAGUCUCUCUGGGAUGCACUUGGUGGCCAGGAGCCCCACUGCUUAAUGACGCUCAUCCCCCUCUCGCUCCUGGGACGUCCAGUCCGGUCUUCGGGACAGCGGUUCGUACGCAACCCCAGCACCAACACCGAGCUGCCAGCCAGCCUGGGCUUGGAUCCUGCCGCCAUGGGCACCCUCUCUGUUCGAGGCCAGAGCAUCCCUUACCGUGAGCAGCACAAGGUGCAGCAGGGCCCCCGGGCGCAGGACAGGGGCUGGCUGUGGGGCCAGGCAGCACAGAUGGCAGCGGUUACCCAGCCCUGCACCGAGCCCAAGGGGCUGCAGGCAAGAGACCAGUGGCUCCCUGGCGAUGGAAAGACAGCUGAAGGCUCAAGCACAACAGAGGCCACAGGCGAUGGCACCUUCAGCGCUGCUGCAGUCCAGGAGCUCCCCAUCGCCUCCACCGCCCACGUGCAGCACACACGUGCCUCGCACGGUGCCAGUGCCUCGCACGCUCACAGUGUGAAAAGCACAG